CAGUCGUUCCCCGGGCCCAGGUCCCAGCUGGCUCAGACCACAUCAGCCCAGGAUCAGCAUGGCCGUCUGCCUGUGGGUGGUCGCCCUGGCCGCCCUCCUCAUUGUGGACAGAGAAGUGCCAGUGUCGGCGGCAAAACUCAUCUCCCCAAGGAUGCCCAUCUGUGAGCACAUGGAGGAGUCUCCUGUCUGUUCCCAGACAUCCAACCUGGUCUGUGGCACUGAUGGUGUUACGUAUAACAGUGAAUGUCAGAUCUGCUUGAUCCGGCUGAAAACCAAAAAGGACAUCCAGAUCCUGAAGGAUGGCAAAUGCUGACCCCCAUAGCAGCCUCUUAAGUCAUGAAACUUCAGGCUAGAGAACAGUUUUGGAAGUGGAGGAUGUGACAUGAAUAAAAGAUCCAGCCCAAUUCA